AAAGCGUGUCUGUGUAGUUGAGUUAAAAGCAAAGAGUUCGGUUGGGGGAAGACGCAAACACACACCAUACGCGUCGUGACUCGGCCAUUAAACCUCUCUACUGUCUGCUGCUCUUGGAUCCCUCUUCACCUCUGAACCUCUCUCCUCUCGCAUUUUUUAACCGACGCCAUAAAUAUACUUUCUUCAUCCCUUUUUUUGGUAUAAUAGGAAACGGUUUUUACUAAUCGAAUCCUUCUUCUUUUCAACUCCCACCAACAUCAUCGACGACAACCAACCUUUUUCUUUUCUUUUCUUUUCUUUUAAUCCCUUCACUUCCAUUGCCCUUUCCCAGGCAGUUCGGCAGCAGAGGGUCAUCUUGGUAUUUUGUAACUCAACAUAAAUUAGCAGUAGAUGCAGGGUUAUGCAUAUGCUGCCAGACAGGGAACAUACAGCGUGGGUGAAAGUUCUAGCUCCGCAUCAUGGAGUAGUCAGCAAGAUACUGAGGAUGACCGAAUGAUUGCUCUUAUACUAUCGGAAGAGUACGCCAACCUAGAUGGCGCAGUUGCUAGACGCCUUACUAACCUGGCACCUGUUCCUCAUGUUCCGCGGAUAAAUUCAUUUAUACCCAAGAUAAGUGAUGCCAGUAUGGAUCACCAAAGGCUUAUUCAGAGGCUAAAUGUUUAUGGUUUAUGUGAAGUGAAGGUUUCUGGGGAUGGAAAUUGUCAGUUUCGUGCACUUUCAGACCAGAUGCACAGGUCACCUGAGCAUCACAAGCAUAUUAGAAAAGAGGUGGUGAAACAGCUGAAAGAUUACCGCUCAUUAUAUGAAGGCUAUGUCCCAAUGAAGUACAAACGUUAUUACAAGAAAAUGGCAAAAUCUGGUGAAUGGGGGGACCAUGUUACAUUACAAGCAGCAGCAGAUAAGUUUGCAGCUAAGAUCUGCCUGUUGACAUCUUUUAGAGAUAUUUGUUUUAUUGAAAUUAUGCCACAAUACCAGUCACCGAAACGUGAAUUGUGGUUAAGUUUCUGGUCUGGGGUGCACUACAACUCACUAUAUGAAAUCAGAGGUUUGUUUCAAUUUCUUAAAAAAGAAACUAUACGCGUUAGUUUGAAAUGAUAAUAACCAUUUGUAAUAUUCUAUUAUGUUGCUUGGUUUCCUUUAAGAUGCGCCGAUCCCACAUAAGCCAAGGAAGAAACACUGGUUGUUUUAGAGGAAGGAUGCAGAUUGCUGAUGUUGAUACAAAAAUUGGGAUUUUUUUUUUCAAAUUUAGUUUUGUGUAUAUUUUUUUGCGUAUAUCAUAUGUUGUGUUCUAUUUAAUUCAUUAUUACUACUCACUCUAUUUCAUAAAUAUAGACUUACCUCUAUUUUC